UCUGACAUUUCAUAGCAAAUUGUUUAUCAAGAACUAUUUAAGAACUAAUACUAUAUAAUCAAUAAAACUAUUUGGUAACUUCCAAGCAAAAUGCCUUUCGCCCCAGAGUUACGAACUCAUUCCCGAAAAGUGUGCACUCUUUAUAAAGCAGCUAUGAGAAAUGUUGAAGCGUACUACGUAGCUAGAACUCUGGUUCGUUAUCACCAAGUCCAACUGAGAGCGGAAUUCGACAAAAAUAGAUGUAUAACUGAUCCAAAAGAACAACGUCGUUUACUAUGGGUAGGAGAAAAUGAAGUUUUUAUGAAACAAUGUCCACUACCACCUGCGAAAUUUGCUCGUUCAAUCGGUGUUGCGGGUGGCGUAGCGUAUGCAAGAGUGGUAACGCCUCCAGACUGGGUAAUUGAUUUCUGGCAUCCUCUAGAAAAGGCCCAUUUUCCUCAAUAUUUCAAAAAACGCGAAGCUCGUAAAUGUGAAUACAUACAGAAAUGGCAUCAAGGUCAAUUAUAUUAAUUGUUGACUUGUAAUAACAACUGUAUCGUUUUUUUUUUUACUCCUCAUGUUAUAUUAUUUAUUCAAGUGUUAUUUAUUUGAACUAUUGAUUUUAUUGUCUACUUUCGACAUUAGAGUAAAACGGAACGUGCAAUGUGCAUGGCCAUGGUUGUCAAACGUCAAAAAGUUAGGUUAUAUUUUGAAAAGUUGUUACUACUUUGAAAGUGGAUUCUAUUUAAAUAAAACAUUAUUGUUUGUA